GCCCCGAAGACGUCAAUAUAAGUGCCGAGGACAACCCUCCUCCCCUUUUCGAAGAAAACGUCGCUGUUCUUCGUCUUCUUCUCUCUCCCCGCUUCCCAAGAAAAUAACCCUAAAACAAGGGGAUUUUAGCGAGGAAUAGGACCAAGGGAGGACAAAGAUCGGAUCUUGGAGGCUAUCGUUUUUCUCCGUUUGCGACGAGGGUUUUGAAACGACAUUUAGUUCUCCUUUAAAUUCUUUACAAGAUUUGGACCGAGCGAGGAGAAAGCCCAGAUCUUGGGGGUGACCGUGUGCUGGUUUCUCCGUUCCCAACGAGUGAUUGCUGCAUCAGGCGCAGCAACUAAGGGAGAAUAUAAGAUGGCUUCUGAUGGGGAUGAAGAACAGAGCCAGGACUACCUUUUUAAGAUUGUUCUCAUUGGUGAUGCUGCUGUUGGAAAAUCAAAUUUGCUUGCAAGAUAUGCUCGGAAUGAAUUCUACCCAAACUCCAAGUCCACAAUAGGAGUUGAGUUUCAAACUCAGAAGAUGGACAUUGAUGGGAAGGCAGUCAAAGCUCAGAUAUGGGACACUGCUGGUCAGGAGCGUUUCAGAGCUGUGACAUCUGCAUAUUACCGAGGAGCUGUUGGAGCUCUUCUGGUGUAUGAUAUCAGCAGGCGUCAAACUUUUGAUAGUGUUGGCCGAUGGCUUAAUGAACUACAAGCUCAUUCUGACAUGAAUGUUGUGACCAUUCUCGUGGGCAACAAAACUGAUCUCAAGGACGCCAGGGAGGUAACCACAGCUGAGGGCAAGGCACUGGCAGAGGCCCAGGGCCUCUUCUUCAUGGAAACCUCUGCGCUGGACUCUUCCAAUGUGGCAGCAGCUUUUCAGACUGUAGUUAAAGAGAUCUAUACCAUACUAAGCAGAAAGAUGCAUCUAUCCCAAGAUCAAAAGAAGCAUGACAUGUCAUCAUUAGGAAAUGGGAAGACAGUGAUUUUACAGGAGGAUGCAAGUGACACGAACAGUGGAGCCAAAAGAAACUGGUGCUGUUCAUAAGCCGUCCGUAUUUCAGCAUCCCACUGAACUUUGUUAUGUAUAUUGAGAUUGACAUUUUUGGUGUGCUACGACCUGAUCUCGGUGAAUUAAUGACCGUGCUUGUCUCUUGGAUAACCCAGAGAACAAGAGAGAAAUAGUGUCGUUUAAAUUCAUGUUCUGGCUCAAGUCCUGCUCCCAAGGACUAUUUAAAAGUUCUUUCUUCCCCAGAAAGGGGCAGACGGACCUCUGGGGCCAUGUGGGGGUGUCGAUGCUAAUUUUGUCUAUAAUGGAAGGAAUAGUGAGUUGACAAGAUGUUUGCAGGAUUCAAACCCUUGCCUCUUUGAUACUGUUUGAAAAGAUAUUUAUAUGAGCAUGUCUCUCUUCUUCUUCUUCUUCUGCUUCGAGCGGUCAUGUUUCUUAUUUGAUGAAGCAAUGUAAAAUUAAGCUUCCAAGUGUCCGACUUUGUUAAAUUAGAUGCAAGGCUUGCACGUGAGGUGUAAUGAUUUAGGUGCUGUAAUCUAUUAUAAAGCAAUGUAAAAUUAAUCUUCCCUCA